UCACGGCCCAAACAUUUCCGGAUUUCCCUAGCUUGUAGAUAACAUGACAACAAUUUAUUUUAUAUCUAUAAUUUAAUUAGUUUAUGAACGUUUACUAUAUUUACCACCUUUCUCAGUGAUAUUAUGAUGAUCAUUAGUCAGAUGACAAAUUUAUUGGACUACCCGUAAUAGUUAUUUUGAUUGUUCGUAGUCUAAUUAGUUUGUUUCUAAUAGAUACUUAUUACUGUUUAGAUGAUAUAAUUAUUUUUAAUUUCUUUUCAUUGCUUAUUCGGUGUUCUUUUCUCAAUAUCGAAUCAAACAUGGCGAAUCAGAUUAACUUAAGAAAAUAUGCUGAUCUGCAAUAUGAUAACAAUGGAAAAAAAAAUAAUGGUAAUUCAACACCAGUUUAUGGACCUUUUGAAAAACUACACCUCAGUGAUUGGGGUCAAUCUGAUAUACAUCAUGAAAUUGUGCAGGCUUUUAAUCAUAUGAAUAUUAAACAAAUUAAACCAAUACAACAGAGUUCAUUUUUAUAUUUAAUGAAACAUUAUAAUACAGCAAUGAUCGGUUUUUCAAAAGGAAAAUCAGUUUCUUAUUUAGCAAGUAUUUAUUCUUCAAUUUUGAGCAACAGUAACGAUAAAGUGGAUAGUGUUGUCAUUGGGCCCAAAGCUAUUGUACUGAGUAGUUCUUUAGGAUCAUGCUCUGUAUUAGAAGAUUUAUCAAAAAAACUUUGCUCUUCAACUAAUAAAAAAGUUAAUAUUGUCGUAGCUUAUGAAUCUAUUUCAGUACAACAUACAAUAGCAGCUUUAUGUAAUGGAUGUGAUAUUUUAAUUGGUACUCCAAUUGGCCUCCAUAAUUUACUCACUCAAGCAAAAAUAUUUAGUUAUUCAAAUUUAAGACAUUUUGUCUUUGAUAAUAUAGAUCUACUGUUGGAUAAUUAUGAAACUCAAAUGACUUAUUUUUAUCAAAUUUUAAUGAAACUUAAAGCAAGAGAAGGAUGUAGUAUACAAUUAAUAUCUGCAUCAGUCAAAUGGAAUAAAGAAGUAGAUACAUUUUUAAAACAAUUGUUCUUAAAAUGGCAAUAUAUUUUUGGAUCUCCCUUAGAAGCUGCUCGUUAUACAAAAAUAGGAUUUAAUGUUGUACAAGUCAAGGAUGAUAAACUAGAGAAAAUAUUACAGCUAUUAGAAAGUAAUGAGAAGUGCUGUCAGAAUGUUUUGGUUACAUCUAAUGCUGAUGAACUUGGCAUAAUUUCAAAUUAUAUUCAACAACAUAGUUCUAAUAUAGAAGUAUUUGUGCCAUGUAAAAUGAGAAUUUCUAAUGUUCAUACGAUGCAACAAUGGAAUGAACCAUUAACAAAUAAACAACGUUUAUUAAUUUGUAGUGAUGAUAUGUUGAUUGAUUUUUAUGUUAUUGACACUGAUUGUUUAAUACACUAUGAUAUUCCUCCUGAUAAACACAAAUUUUCCAUGAGAUUUAGUGUUUUACAAUAUUCUAGCAAUGUUCCUGAAAAUAAAAACCGAAGUACUUAUAUAUUUUUAAGUAACAAUAUUAAAGACAUGUUGCAGUUGCCAAAAGUAGUACAAAUCAUGAAAGAUUUUGGUAAUGGUGAAGUGGAUCCUAUUUUGCUGAAACAUGCCAAGAAUAUAAAUGACUCUCUAGAAAAAGAAAAGACAAAUAGUCUUUUCUGCAGUGAACUACAACAAUUCGGUCAUUGUUCUAAACCUAUGACAUGCCAGAGUCGUCAUAUUUUAUUCAAGCAACAUGAUGAGCCUGGUGUUAACAUUCCUAGAUCUGGAUUAGCUAUUGUAAAAAUUUUAAAAGUUUAUGAUGCAUCUCACAUUUCCGCUAAACUUUUAAAAGUGAAUAAUACAAAUAAUCUUAAUGAUGAAAAACAUUGGUCAGGUGUAAUGGACCAUUCUGACACCAUUAAUUCUAAGCUCAGUUCAUACUUUUCAAAAAGAAAUUCUGAAGUUCUUCAUGAAAACCCUAAACCUGGAGAUAUAGUUGCUGUACAGAUUGAAUCUAAUAGUACUAGGAAAAUAAUUGACAUUAAAUAUUUUAGGGCUCUUGUUAUUAAUAUAGUUGAUAAAAAUACAACAAACUCUAAAGUGAGGGUUAAGCUUAUUGAUGAAGGAUGUGUUGAAACUAUAUUGAAAUGGAAGGUAUUUGUGUUACCUGAUCAGUUAAAAAGUAUACCUACAACUACUGUCGAUAUGUUUUUGGCAUCCGUUAAACCAAUUGGCUUUGAUAAAACAUGGUACAGCCAUGCUAACAAUUGUGUUCUAAAACAUUUGAAAGAUGCUGAUACUUGCAAUAAUACAAUUAUUGUAAAGGUUAAAAUGGCAUUAGGUACUACUAUAUGGAUAAAAAAAUUGUAUGAAAAAUAUUGGGAUACAGAUUCACAGAAAUAUGGUUUUGGAGAAAUUUUACCCGAAGUUUUAUUUAAUAUUGGCUACGCAGAUAUGAAUUUUGAACAUAUUGACAAUUUAAGAGAACUCAGUAUUGCAGCUGGUAUUACCAAGCCAUUACAAUUAAAAAUGAAUGUCGGGGAAAAUAAAGAACUCAGUGUAGAAGAAUAUAUGUCAAUUUAUAAAUUGCCUCAUCCCCAGUGGGCACAUCUAGACCAAAGUAUCAUUUUGGUUUCUGUAGAGAGUUUGAUUAGUCCUAAGUUAUUUUUUGUUAAAAAUGUCAAGUAUUAUGAUAGACUCAACGAUCUUCAAUUAAUGAUUGAUAAAUAUGUAGAAGAAAACCAACCAACAAAGUUGAAAUAUGUUAUUAAUGGAGCAAUUUGUUUAGCUAAAUAUCCUCAAACUAAUUUGUACAACCGCGUUAAAAUUAUUGAAAAACAUGUUAAUGGUAUUGUUGAAGUUUUUUUUGUAGACAAAGCUGAAUUUUUUAAUAUUAAAUUACACUUAUUGUUUACAAUACACCCAGAUUUAAUUACUUACCUACCAUUUCAAGCGAUUGAAUGUAGUUUAAGUGGUGUUAAAGAUAUAUUACCAACAGACAAUGAGCUAAAUGAACUAGUUGACUAUUUAUUUGAUAUUACUGCAAAUCCAUUAUAUUUAAAAGUUACUGACAUAAUUUCAUCAACAACAUUUACUGGUGGAAGUCUCUAUGAAGUGAUUUUAUAUGACAAGAGUAUCAUUGUUAAUUUAGAGUUUCAAACAAAAUUCAGUCAGUACUGUGACCAUAUCCAAAUGUCUACAAUUUCAACUUUAAUUAACGAGGAAUACAAUGAUAUUAUUGAAGAAAAUGAUAAAGAUGUUCCAUAUAUUAUUGAUGAAACUAAAUUUGAUUUUGAAGAUAGUAUGCAUCCUGAAAUUGUACGAGAAUUUUUUAAUGAUUUUGGAACUGCGAUUUUUGGAAAAGAUUAUGCAAAUAUUUUGAAACAUGCAGAUCAAGAUAUUCAGGAUAUUAAAAAAGAAGACUCUUUAACAAUCACGGACAUAACAUCGUCAAUUGAAAAUGAAACUCUUAAAGAAAACAUUAAUAUUGAAUCAGUUGAAACUAAUGAAAUUAAAUCAAUUGAUAAUAUAAUACCGAUUAAAGAUAUAUGUUUGCUUAAUAAUUGCAAACAGAAAAAUGGAGAAAAACGACGAAAAAUUUGUUUGACAUGCAAUACUAAUUUACAGUCAAUCAUUCCUAUAUGCACUUGGCAUCAAGAUAGAAAUAAUAUUUACUUAAAACUCAAUAUUCUUGAAAUAGAUGAUUUUAAUGUGGACAGUACAAUGGAAAGUAUAAAGUUUAAAUCUAAAUUCAAAGAGUUUUCAUAUGAGUUUUAUGUUAAGCUUUAUGGUUUUAUCAUAGAUAAAAGUAUAAUAUAUAGACAUAAUUAUGAAGGUUUCUAUAUUAAAGCUGAAAAGUUGUUCAAAACAGAUUACAAAUGGCCACAGUUGUUUUUAUGUAGUAAACAUCAUACAUAUGUGAAAUAUGAUACAGAACACGUUGAAAUCAAAGACCUAGGAUACAUCUGGAUAAAAACUAUGAACGAUUUAAAAUUAAAAGCAAAAGGUACUCCUCUGAACUCAUUGGAUAAUGAAAGUUUUAAUAGUGAUAGCUGUAGUGACAAUGAAGAAGGUUAUGUCUUUGACGAUUCUUAUGAUUUAUUUUAAUUUAAGUUUUAACAUUAUAUUUUGUUUUCAUUUUGUUAUCAACCC